AUGGCCUUCACCAACCCGCAGGCCGAAUAUGCACUCAAUGGACUAAAGCAUACCGCCACUUCGAAGGAUGACCCAAGCUCGGCACCUAUUUACAUGCUGGGCACUUGGGAGGUGUCGGUUGGUAUCCUCUUGUUGGUACACCAGGUAAACGGAAACAGCACUGGAGUCACGACGCUCCUAGGGUUGAUGAGCUUGUACAAAGCUGGCGUUGCCAUACUACUUUGGAAGAUUGGAAGCAGCAUGAGUAAGGUUGCCGGGAAUGUGGCUACGGCUGUUUUGUUCUUAACAUGGGCUGUUUUGAAAAGCUAA